AUGGCGGGUAGAUUCACUCAGACCGUACUCUGGCUGGCUGCCCGGGGAUAUGGUCUCUUCACGAUAGUUCUUUAUGGAGCCAUCGCCAUCAGACAAGGGACCUUUUUCACCAAGCGCACCGAGAAGCAGAGCCUGGAGCUCCAGAUUGCGCGCGAUCGUCUGUGGAAUCUCUCCAAGGACUUUGAAGGGCUGGCGCACCACAUCCUGACCCUUCCCAGUAGGUUCAAGUUCCACAUGGUUAGCAAUGAAACGCCCAACUCCCCUGCUGCUUUGAAAUCCGACAAACCACUGGUCAUUUUCAUCCAUGGCUUCCCUGAUAGCUGGGCUAUCUGGCGUCAUAUUAUCAGCUCGGCCUCGCUGCAAAACGCUGCCACUGUAGUUGCCAUCGACUUGCCUGGGUAUGGUGGGAGCCAGGCCCUAGAGAGAUACACCGCAACUUCAGUGCUGGAAAAGCUAACCGAGCUGAUAAUCACCCUCCGAAUUCAGUAUGGAGUUGAUGAUGACUCGCAAUCGAGCAAGAAGAAGACCAUCAUCGUUGGCCACGAUUGGGGUUGUUUGCUGGCCAUGCGCCUGGCUGCUGAAGCACCGGCACUGGCAGAUCGAUUUAUUCUGACCAAUGGGCCACUGCCAAGCUUGGUCCGGUCCAACAUCGACCGCCUCAUCAUGUCGGCAUCCAAGAUGUUCAACACGGCUCUGGGAUCUCCCCUCCAGGCCCGCACACCAAUUCUCCAAGCUCUGCGGACGGUGAGUCCGCUGUUUCGCCAACUUCUACUGUCGGGCUACGUCUUCGCAAUGCAACUCCCUGUCUCGUUCGUCCGGUAUAUGCUUGUCGGCGGCAACCAAUCCCUCAUGAAGGGCUGCCAUAAGCAAGCCCAUGGGGGAGACAAAUUCACCCCGCGCGAUGAAGCCGAUUCGAUGGCGAGCACCCAGGGUCCCUCGCGGGCGGAGUCGACGACGCAGACGUCCACCGGCGCUACCUAUCCGGACACCAUUCAGUAUGGUCAUGAGUUCGCCAACGUGAUGAACAUGGCCGGUUAUUAUCGCGACGAUGCCGUGUUAGCGCGCUGGGAGAAGUCCAUUGAGACAGUGGCGAGCUUGCACGGUAUUGCCGGGGGCAAGGAGCUGCGGCGUACGAGUAGCGGCGCGGGUCUUCUCGACGAGGGCGCGCCCGGCGUGCUGAAAGCGAAUUCGACCAUCCUGUGGGGCCAGAAGGAUACCGCGCUGGACCCGAACCUCUGUCUGAACGGCAUCGCCGACUACCUCGUUGCGAAUAGUCAAGUCAUCAUGCUUCCUAACUCGGCCCAUUUCACGCCGAUCGAGGUUGAGAGCCGCGGGGCAUUGGCCAAGAUCGUCGAGUGGGCUGUCCGGGGCGAGAUCGAGGACAUUGAGGCUACAGUACAGCAGGCUUAUCCGAGUGCCAAGGUCAUUGCUCGGCGGUAG